CCCUUUUCAAUUUUGUUCGGACACUGUCCUGCAAGGAAUAGUGAGGUGUGUGGUACAAAAUUAUGUAGACGCAUGUGCUGCUAAUCUAGUGCCCGGCCAUUCAGUUCAUCACGGAGUAGGUGCUUGUUCUACAUCUACGCAGCCAUAGUCUGAUUUGGUUUUCCUCCGAACAUCCAUCACGAUCGCCUCAUGUCAACCACCUCUAAUCCGAUCGCUCCGUGCGAUGAAGAAGAAGAAGAGCAGUUAAAUAUAUGCCUGAGGGUCAUUAAAACAGUGAACUUUAAAGUGAGAAAAACCGAGACUGUUGGAAGAGUAAAAUCUUUAUUAUAUGGAAAGGAAGGGAUUCCAGAGAGCCUUCAAGAGCUCUUCUUUUGCAGCAAUCAUCUUGAGAGUGACAAAAGGCUUGUUGAUUAUGGCAUCCCAAGUAACUCCACACUCAAUGCUUAUGUUAGCAAUUCGGUGCCACUGAGGUUGAGUAUCAAAAUACCAUCCAGAAAGAAAACAAUAAUGGUUCAAGUGAGAAGUCAAGACACAAUCCAGAAUGUCAAGGCCUUUAUUGAGGCCAAAGAAAGCAUAGGGUCAGAUCAAUACAACCUUGUUUACGCAGGAAAGCUGCUAGAAGAUGACAACAAGACAUUCGCUUUUCUUGAUAUUCAAGGGGAAUCAACGCUUCAUGUGGUUUUCAUACCAAAGGAUGUUUUGCAGGUUUCCGUGAAAAUGUUACGUGGAGAAACUGUGAAAAUACAAGUGAGGACUUUGCACACCAUACUUGAUGUGAAAACUUUGCUUGAGAGCAAUGUUGGAUACCCAGUGAGGGCUCUAUCUUACGAUGGAAAGAAUCUGGAUGACUCGAAGACUGUGUCAUAUUACAACAUCACAACAGAUGAUACCAUCUCAGAGAUAGCCUCACCAAUUCAGGUAUUCAUCAAGUGGUCUGGCAAAAGUACAUCCUUCGACAUCCUCCUAGUGGACUUGGUUAUAUAUCUCAAGAAAAUGAUUUCUUCCAAGUUUGGGGUACCGGUUCAUGUCCAGAGGCUUGUGUUUGAGGGAAAACUUCUUGAUGAUUUUAAGGAUUUAGCGAGCUAUGGAAUUCAGAAGGACUCAAAUAUACUUUUGUCAUAUUCGCAGGCUAUAUCUGUCAUGAAGAUAAAACUAUCGAAAAUUCAUAUAUCUGACCUUGAGCUGUCGAGCUGCACAUCCAUAGAGUCUCUGAAAAGAUUGGUAGGGAAAAGACUGGGUGUGCAUGUUAAUGAGCUACGCAAGCGUGGGGGCCCGACAUUAAUUGAUGCAUGCUCUCCUUGCCGUGAUUAUUCCAUGACUAGUAGCACACAGUUAGAGGUUUUCUUUAACAACAUGAUGAAAACAGCUACUUCACAAGUUUAACACUAGUUUUCGUCGGUUAGUUAACUUUUUGACAUUUCAGCAAGGUACAUCUACCAUGAAAGACCAAACUAUUGGCAAAUGAUACUACAUUUCUGACCGUCAACUGUUGGGUUUUGAGACUAUCUCUUUGGUGGGAAGCUGUUCUUUCAUGAUGCAUCCAUGACUUUCUGGAGCAGAGGGUCGGAAGUUUUGUUUAGCAACUUGACAAGUUCAGAUAUGUACUAGCAAUUGUCAAGUAGUAUUAAUCCUGUUUGUUUGGAAUGAUUUUAAAUUUUAUUUUGUGGGAACCCAUCCAUGCCUAAUGGGAAGGGAUUAUUUAUCAAGAUAUAAUGGAAUAUCAUGCCAACUCUUCAUG